GUAUUAAAAUCUUUACUCGUGAUGAUUAGCUUUCCUUCCCGAAACAAUAAAUAAUGCAGCACCAAGAAAAAAUGAAUAAAAGCUAAGGCAGGGAGAAAGGCAUAGCACACUGCAAGAUUCUCUUCUUCUCCGUGUUCCGAAAGCGAAGGAGCAAUCAUAUAAUGAGAAGAAGAAGAAGAAACAAGAAGAGGCAAGAACAAAUUAGGAUCACCAACAACAAAAUCAGAGAAAAUUUCAAUGGCCAUUCUCUUAUCUCUCUUCCCAUUUUGCCCUUGAGUUCUUUCUAGAUUUUCCUCAUUUCCCUCCUCACAUAUCACACACACAUAGCCCAAAGGCCACAACCUGCGAAACCAAAAAAGAAAAAGAAAACAACAACAACAUCGUAUUCUAUUCCAUAAUGUUGUGUAAACUGGUUCCGCGCAAGAAAAAACCCGGUUCGAACCCGGUUUACCUUAACGUCUACGACCUAACCCCAAUUAACGGUUACGCUUAUUGGCUUGGCCUCGGAGUUUACCAUUCUGGUGUUCAAGUUCAUGGGGUUGAAUAUGGAUUUGGAGCACAUGAACGCGACACGACUGGGAUUUUUGAAGUGGAGCCGGGACACUGCCCUGGAUUCACCUUCAGGAAAUCGAUUUUCAUUGGAUCGACGGACAUGGGACCGAAGGAUGUUCGUGUGUUCAUGGAGAGGCUGGCUGAUGAGUAUUCUGGGAACACCUACCACCUUAUCCAGAAAAACUGCAACCACUUCUGCGAAGAUCUUUGUUUCAGAUUAACGGGAAAGUCUAUUCCUCGAUGGGUGAAUCGGCUUGCUAGACUUGGUUUUCUUUGCAACUGUGUUCUUCCACCCAGCCUAAAUGAAACAAAGGUUCGCCAAGUUACAUUAGACAGGGUUCAAGAGGGAGGAGAAAAGAAGAAAAUGAGAAGCCAGUCGAGCAGGUAUGAGGCUUCACCCAAUCCUGCAUUGUCUAGUAGCCAAAGACAUUGCCUUCCUCCAUCUUCUUCUGUAAUUAAUGCCUCUCCAUCCUCAACCUUAACCGUAAAGUAAAGCUUUGGCAGAAGUCAAAGUCCGAAAUAUAUAGGCUGUUAGAAUCAUGUAACCAACCAAAGAUGGGCAGAGAAGCAAGUUUUUCAUUGUACGUAUAUCUUUAAUUGUGUGGCAAUGGAAAAAAAAUGAAAUGGUUGCAUUGUCUCUUCUUUUUAAGUGGCUGCUUUCUUCCGUGAACAGAAAGGGUCUUCAUUUCUAGAUUUUUUGGUCUGAAUUGAGAUUUAUCUGCUACUGCUGAUGUAGAGCAUAUAGUAAUGCGUUCAAUAUGUAAGGAUAGUGUUAUAUUGGCUGAAGUGCAAAAUAAUGCAAGACGGGAAAUAAAAGAGAGAUGGUGUGUUUGAGGGAAAUAAAGAGUAGUUAGCUGAAUCUAAUCAGGGUUCUCAAUCUGAUCAAGAAGCAUCCUUGUCAACAUUGAUAUACAAAUGCAAAGUAUGAAAUAUUAAAAGAAACAGAAAAUUUGGGGAUGCUGUGUUUCAGAGACCAAAUUAGCUUGAAAUUAAGUUAACUUUGCUUUCUGGACAUUCAAAUCCAAAUUUGGCCUUGGACCUUCUAUUAUUAUGCAAGGUUAGUAUCUUUUCACCCAGUGGAGUUGGCAUGGAUUUGUUGCUGCUGCCAAUGUAUUAUUAAAUGCAAAGCAAUAUUAUAGGUAGAGAAAAAUGCAGCUAAUAGAGUUAGCUGCCACCUCAAUUAGGUAGAAUUUGAGCUGUAAUUUUCCUUCCAUCUGUGAGGAGGACGUGUAUAUGUAAUCUCCUUAAGUUGGUCUCAUUGUGUUUAUUAGUUUUUUAUGUUCAGUAAUUGUGAGUAAUCACAGAUGAA